UAGCUAUCGUCAGCAGGCGCAACAUCAGCUCCCGCUUUUGUUUGUUAGUUUUUGUUAAACCAAAUCAAUUAGUUAGGCAACAUGCAAGAGUGUCCCUACGGCGAGAAAUGUUACCGCAAAAAUCCCAUACACUUCGGCGAGUAUUCACAUGCGCAUUUGGAUGCCAUUUAUGCCAAGGGCUUCAAGGCGAACAGCAAUGAGUAUGACAUACCCGGCAAGUAUUCCAGCGAGCUAAUCAACAUACAGCUCAAGCUUUUGGAGAAAGUAUUCCCGCAGCUGGGCACAAGGGAUGCCAAACCCAAGCCGGCAGCUGCAUCCAAGGCAGCGCCUUCUGCUCCCAAGCCGGCGCCGGCUGCGACUGCAAAGCCAGCAAAAAAGGAGCCGCCAGCAGCUACACCCAUGACACCCAGCACCAGUCGUGGGUCUGCCUCUGACCAGGCGAGCAGCAAGGACAGCUCGAAUCUGGCCAAGAAACAAAGGCUUAACGAGCGCAACAUACGCGACUACAUUCCCGUUGUGGUAGAGAAGGGGCGCAUGGCCGCGAAGCUGGAGCGUGCAGCGCCCUAUAAUAUGUUCCUUACGGCCAUCACCGACUCGAAGCCGACGCAUCUGGAGCCGCUGAGCGUUACGCUGCAGGAAAUACUCGACGAAAGCCUGGGCAAGAUUGAGUCCAGCGUUCAAAUAAACUUUAUGAUAGACAUCGGCUGGCUGCUGGGACAUUAUUACUUUGCGGGCAUACUCGACAAACCCCUGCUGGUGCUGUAUGGCGAUGAGUCUCCCGAUCUGCUGGGCAUUGGCAAAUUCAAGCCGCAGGUGACGGCCAUUAAGGUCAAUAUGCCGACACCUUUUGCCACAUCGCACACGAAAAUGAUGCUGCUUGGCUAUGCGGAUGGCUCGAUGCGUGUUGUCAUCUCUACGGCGAAUUUAUACGAGGACGAUUGGCACAAUCGCACGCAGGGCUUGUGGAUAAGUCCACGGUUGCCCGCACUGCCCGAGGGCGCUGACACGGCUGCCGGUGAAAGUCCAACGGGAUUCAAGCAGGACCUCAUGCUCUACCUGGUCGAGUACAAGGUGUCGCAGCUGCAGCCGUGGAUUGCGCGCAUACGCAAAAGUGAUUUCAGUGCCGUAAACGUCUUCCUUAUUGGCUCUGUGCCAGGUGGUCACCGUGAGAGCGCCGUGCGUGGUCAUCCAUGGGGCUGUGCCCGUCUGGGUUCGCUGCUGGCAAAGCAUGCGGCGCCCGUGGAUGAUCGGAUACCGGUUGUCUGUCAAAGCUCCAGUAUUGGCAGUCUGGGUGCCAAUGUGCAGGCCUGGAUACAGCAGGAUUUCGUCAACAAUUUACGCAAGGAUUCAACGCCUGUGGGCAGGCUGCGUCAGCUGCCGCCCUUCAAGAUGAUCUAUCCCAGUUUUGGCAACGUCUCACGCAGUCACGACGGCAUGCUCGGUGGUGGUUGCCUGCCCUAUAGCAAGAACACGAAUGAUAAACAGCCCUGGCUCAAGGCGCAUCUGCAGCAAUGGAAGUCCGGGGAUCGGCAUCGCUCGCAGGCUAUGCCGCAUAUCAAAAGCUAUACGCGUUUUAAUUUGGAGCAGCAGUGUGUCUACUGGUUUGUGCUGACCUCGGCGAAUCUAUCGAAGGCUGCCUGGGGCUCCUUUAACAAAAAUUCCCAAAUACAGCCAUGUCUGCGCAUUGCCAACUACGAGGCGGGCGUUCUCUUUCUGCCUAGAUUUGUGACUGGCGAGGAGACUUUUCCUCUGGGCAAUGCGCGAGAUGGUGUGCCUGCCUUUCCCUUGCCCUAUGAUGUUCCUUUAACCCCGUAUGGGCCUGAUGAUACGCCCUUCCUCAUGGAUUAUCUGCAUGGUUGAAAUUCUUUUCAUAUUUGUGACAAUUCACUCAAAUGUUACUACCAUUAAGCAUACAAUAAAUAGAGUAUUCAAAUCGA